AUGCGUCUCUAUAUACAGCGAGGCUUUACCAAUCCCACUCCCAAGACCGAAUCUGCGCGUUCCGCUCUGAGCUCCUUCACCUGCACGCUCUGCAACAAGUCCUAUUCUCGCCAUCCAGAAUAUGAGGCUCAUAUUUCUUCAUAUGACCAUCAACACCGCAAGCGUCUUCAAGACCUCAAACAAUUAUCUCGGGACCCCAAUGCCGCCGAGAAGGCCAGAAGAGCCGAACGGAAGGCUGACGCCGAGGCCGGGUUAAGGGUCCUCGACACCCCCAAAGCUGCCUCAUUAUCGACUACGGGAACUGGAUCUGGAGUAGGGAGCAGUACGGGAGGUGGGGGAGGGUUCAAAAAGGGGGGGUUCAAAAGUUCCUUUACCACUGUCAAAGGACCUGUGGCUCCUGCUGCUCCCACGAAGAAAAACGUCCUAGGCGGUGACGAUGAAGACAGUGAACUUCCAGAAGCAGAUGAUGAGAGUCUGCGGCGCGCUCGGAGCCAAUCGUCAAAGCGCGAAAACAUGCAGGUUGAUCAGGCGGAGAGCGAUACAGAUGAAGAAUACGACCGGAAUAGAGGCAUGAAUGGGGGGUAUUACAAUCCUCGAAAUCCCACCGGUUGUUCCCCUGCAUGCGCUGGUGCUAGGAACGUUCCCUUAGAGACAUCCUUUAUCUGA